AUGUCCGUGUCCGUCCUAAGGCAAGUGAUGGACCUGUCGAAAGCGGCGCCUAGCCCGAUGAAGUUCGUCCCUCACCCAAAAAGAGGCUCGUUCGCGAAGGGGACCCGACGAUAUGGACCAGUCCACAUGGGAACGCUCAAGUCUGGACGAAACCGGUGCUCUCGCCACCGCAAAAAGCAAAUCCUUCGUUCCAACUUUACGCGGGACAGACUCAAUGAUCGAUUUUGGUCUUUUUUCUUCUUUUCUUUACUUUGGUUCUCUCAAUGUCCUUCAUGUUCCUCUCAUUCUACCCCAAACAGCGUCAUCUCCAAGUGUUCAGUCGAUACGAGUCAGGGAAGUAGCAGCGAAGGUCUCUCUGCUGCAUCUCAUGCGUCGCAAAAUAAAGUCACAGCAUCGCCUGAGUCGGUCUUAGAUUGCUUGCUUUUGUCGCCUGCAGAGUCUGAUGAGAACAGACGUUGGAAACGCUCGACCUCUUCCACGUUGCCUUUUUGCCCUGGUGGGCAUGUACUCCGUAGGCACUGGCCGCGUCCUUGUCUCCGUCUUGAACGUGCUAGGCUCAAGCAAGUACAAGCAGUGCUUGCUCAUUGA